CCCGCCUCUGUCGCCGCAACGCCCAGCCGACAGUCAGCCGAAGUCACUCGCAGGCGGGCUGCAACUUUAUUCGUUUCGCGCGUGGCCAUUUAUUCGAGGUUGAGCGUCAUAUUCGCCCCAGCACAGUCUAUCAACAUUGCCUAGGCCUCAUCCUGCAAGAUGGACGCAAAGCCCCAGCGCCCACCGCGCGCCGCAGCGACCGCCGCCGGCAACGAGAAUAUAUUCCCCGCGAAAGAUUCCAUGCAUCACCGCCACAAGUCCACUGGCAACCUGACCACCACAACCGCCGCCGGCGCCCUCAACGCCCCUCCCAAGCGCACCGCCUUCGGCGAUGUGAGCAACACAGCUAGAACCCGCGCGGUCGACCUCGCCGGCAAGCCCAUUGACAAGGACGCCGUCAAGGCUCGCGCCAAGCCGGCCGCCCUAGUCAGCGUUCGCGACACCCGAGUGGACAGAAAGGACAAUAAGCAGGUCGGCCCCCACGAAGCGCGGUCGCGAACCAUUACCACAUCCAAGGGCAUCAGCAACAGCACCAAGUCCCAGCCGAGCGCUCCUUUGCAAGCUGCGAACUUGGGCCCCCGCGGCGCGUCUCUGGCCCAGCCUCCGAUGAGGAAUGGGGCGUCCAAAAAGGCGACAACCACGCACGAAGACGAUCGGUACGACCAAAAAUUGAACGUCCGUCGCGACGCAGCGUCUCCGGUCGACGACAUGGCCGUCCUCGUAGUCAAGCCCGUCAAGGACCCGCGCCAUUACAAGAGCCAGCCGGUGCUCCGAGCCGACCAGCAGAGCAUCCGGCACACACAAAAUAAGGUCGUGUCCAAAACGGACGGCGCGAUUGAUCCGAGCGGCGAGAGUGAUGUCGACGACAACGUAACGGAAGCGGCCUACGAGGACGCUGUCGAACAGUUGUCCGACGCCGUCAUUGACGGCGCCGUCCGCGACGCUCUGGCAGAAGUGAAGCGCAUGGAAUACAACAGCCUCUACCUCGCCGACUACGACCAGGCGAUGCAGCCCUCCCGGAUAUCUGAGGCUCCCCGCUCCCCCAAAGCACUUCCCGAGCUCCCCGUGGCGCCGGAAUCAGAGGAGUACUGGGACGAGGAAGAGGAGCAGGAGUAUUACGACGAGCAGGGAUACACCACGGCGCACUCCUACCGGUCGCUCGGCGAUAACACCGGGAGCGGCCCGACGACAAUGCUUGCACCGAGUGUCACGGCGAGCGCCCAAGAAGAGCUCGAGAGGGCGAAGGCCUACGUGUUGGAGCACCAGACGGAGUAUGAGAUCGAAGAGGACGCAUGGGACGUCAGCAUGGUGACCGAGUACAGCGACGAGAUUUUCGCAUACAUGAGGGAACUAGAGGCCCAAAUGCUUCCGAACCCUCACUACAUGGACAUCCAGACAGAGAUUCAGUGGUCCAUGCGGUCCGUCCUCAUGGACUGGUUGGUCCAAGUACACCAUCGAUUCUGUCUGCUGCCCGAAACCCUCUUCCUGGCGGUCAACUACAUUGACCGCUUCCUCUCGGUCAAGGUCGUCUCCCUGGGAAAGCUGCAGCUUGUUGGCGCGACCGCGCUUCUCGUGGCGGCCAAGUACGAAGAGAUCAACUGUCCGUCGGUUCAAGAGAUCGUCUACAUGGUUGAUUCUGGCUACACCGUCGACGAGAUCCAGAAGGCCGAGCGUUUCAUGCUGAGCAUGCUGCAGUUCGAGCUUGGCUGGCCGGGACCCAUGAGCUUCCUUCGCCGUAUCAGCAAGGCGGAUGAGUACGACUUGGAGACGCGCACCCUGGCCAAGUACUUCCUGGAGAUCACCAUCAUGGACGAGCGCUUCGUCAGCAGUCCUCCCAGCUUCCUCGCCGCCGGGGCGCACUGCAUUUCCCGUCUCUUCUUGGGCAAGGGUGGCUGGACUCCUUCUCAUGUCCACUACUCCGGCUACACAUUCAGCCAGCUCAAGCCGCUCAUAAAUAUGCUGUUUGAAUGCUGCCAAUAUCCCGGCAAGCAUCACAGCGCCGUCUACGACAAGUACGCGACGCCGAAGUACAAACAUUCCUCGACUUUUAUUGAGAGCAAGAUUGCCAGCGGAGUCACCUUGGCUCAGCUUUAUGCUGGUAAGGCUGCUCAACUGGAGCCGUCGUCUCUUCUCGUCGACGACCGCAUUGGCCGCCCAUUCCCGGUGGUCGACAACCCCAUUCCGAUCACGGCCUAAGCAGGCCCUCCUGGGGGCAGAACCCACAUGAUGCGGCCCUCGAUCACACCGGCCUUGUCUUUGCGCGUAUGCAUUACACAACAGCACAUCUCCGUCCAAGCGCGGCCAACACUUGCCGUUCGGCGAUCUUUUGUCC